AUGUUGAUCCAGCAGGCCUGUUCCCAAGAUACGGUGAUACAUGUGGUGCAAUGGAAGCAGAAGAAUUGUUUCAUCCUCAUCCUCCUCCUCUUGUGUGGCCUCACCCUCCAUGCAGAGUUUACUCGGAGUUCCUCCUUUUCUGGGGUGUAUGGGGGGCCAGGUGGAAAGCGCUUUUCUCAUUCUGGGAACCAACUCGAGGGGCCCAUAACGGCCAUAAGGAUCCGGGUUAACAGUCGGUACAUUGUGGGCUUGCAGGUCCGUUAUGGAAAAGACUGGAGUAACUACCUUGGUGGCAAUUCGGGAGAUUUGGAGGAAAUCUUCUUGUUCCCAGGAGAGUCCGUCAUUCAAGUAUCUGGAAAAUAUAAAACUUAUGUCCAGAAAAUGGUCUUCACCACGAACCGGGGGCGCUACUUUUCUUUCGGCAGGGACGACGGCACCAGUUUCAGUGGGGCACCGCUCUUCCAAAACACCGUCCUGCGUUACUUCAGCGGCCGUUCCGGUUCCGUCAUUGAUGCCAUUGGAUUCCACUGGGAUAAGUAUCCUUGCAGUUGCAGCAAUUGUAGAAAUCAGACGCAGCAACAAGAGGUUGGAGAGAGUGAGCAGAGUAGCGGAAAGCCUCUGCAACCCGAGUAUAAAUGCAACAGUUAUGCAACCAUACCCGAACAACAGACACACGUUUUCCCUGACGUGCAGUGA